AUGAUGGAGAUUCAAACACACCUUAAGGACCUGCACAUAAAAUUAUUAGAUAAAAGCAUAAAAACAUUUCAUUGUCACUGGGGGAGUUGUAAUGAAUCUGGCUUUGAGACGAAACACAAAUUGGUUAAGCAUAUACAAGAGAAGCAUUUUCAUUUGUCCAAUGCUAGACAGGGUGCCAGUAAUUCUGAAGUCACAUAUCCUAAUGGAGGAUUGUCAAACUCGCAGUCAGUCCAACUUCACGACAUACUCGGUUGUAAUUCUGGUAGUAUAUUGCGAUCUAACGACCCUUCAAAGCCGGCAAAGGAAGUUAUAGUGAUCGAAGAUGACGAUCAAGAAUCUAUUAGUAAUUCAACACAAAACGAAAAGGUCAUACAAAACAAAAAUCAUGCUGAUUCUCCGGGGGUCGGUGAAUCACAGGAUACUGAAAUCACUAAUGAACAGAGAUUUGAUGAAAACUGCAUUGCUCAGGAGACUGCACGUUUGAAUAAACCUAAUUCAUCACCCUCAUCCACAGCCGAAAUUGGAGGAGUUAAUAAGAAAAGUUUAAAUGCAUCCAAUCAACUGAUAAGAAUAUCACAAGAGCAAUCUCAACUUCUACCUAAUUCAUCCGCUGACGACAUGGCAUCGCAACGACUAUCCUCGGUCAAUUCGUCAAAUACUGUUUCCCAGCUUUCCGCAUUAAAACAGUCGUUUCGAGCGGUCUAUCCAUCUAAUUCAACUUCGAGUCAUCAUGUCUUACUAGAUCAGUCGAGACAAAUUACUCCAACAGAUCGGUCAACUCAGACUCAUCUCGAACUUCAAAAUCCGGAAAUCCAAAAUGCACAAGAUAACCAAGAAAGCUUUGCUCAAACAACCGAAGAUUCUUUAUCAGAUCAGUUACUUCUCGAUAGUGCGUUCGAUUCGUUGCCCGUAGAUCAACAAAAUGAAAAGCUACGGCAUUUGGCUUCUCUACAGGCACAGGAGAUAAAAAGACUUACAUUGAAAAACACGCUUCAGGAGAAACGGAUAGAAAAAAUUGAAGAAGAUCUUAUAUUACAAUCGAGGAUUGCAAAGCUCUUACAGGAUCAAAACCAACGUGCCGACGAUAAGUUAAGAUCAAUGUGGGCUGAUUUGUUGUGCAAAAAAGUUCGCAUGCGUGAGGAAGAACAGACUAUAACAAGAUCUGCAAAGAAGCAAAGACAAGAACAAAUAAGUACAAAAGAAAAUAGUGAUAAACAAAUGGAAGUCGAUUGGUGGGAUCGACCCUUACCGAGUUCUACAAUUUCGAUUUUGACACAAGCUUUUGUUUGUGAAUGGGAAGGAUGCGGAAAAGUAUUUAGAACAAAGUUAGCACUAAAAGCCCACAUCCCUUCUGAACAUCUUAGUGGAACUGUUUUACGUGUCAAAGUUG